AGGAUUGUAUGCUGUAGACCGUUUGCUAUCUCCAGUUUUCAUUGUAUCCUGUUGCCUGAUAUCCUGUUUCCUGUCUCCUGGUUCCUGGUCCAGUAGUCUAAUUAGUAAAGAAGCCUGGACUUUCCUAUCUCCGGUCACUGCUUUGAUUUCCACUGGGGGGACACCAAGACAUUCCCAGGCCAGAUGCAAGACAUACUGUAGUCCCUCCAGCGUGCCUUAGGUCCUCCUUCGGACUGAGCAUGCCCAGAACGCUACACUCGAAGGCAGCCUGUGGACGUCCCGACUCGAUGCCUUAGUCAACUGGCUCCUCUCGACGUUAAGGACUAUUGGCUUUACUCUGAGCUGACUGAACUACUGACCCUAUCUCUAAGGGACUGUUCCGGUCAUACAGGAGUCAGAUCAGAAACAGGAAUCAUUCCACUCUUGUUUUCCUGUCUACUAGGCUACGAAUGUGGGCGAGAGGCUCAAGUGGCUGCUGAUGGGAGGGUCGCUGAGUUUCAGCCCCUCUGUGCUGGGCUGCUGGUGCGUCUCUCCUUGCAUCUGUGCACCACACGCACCAUGGCUCUGUGCGCAAGUAGCACGCUUUUGGCGCUUCUUGUCGCUUUCUGCACACCUGGAGGUGGAUGGACAGCAGAGAAACCCUUGAGGUCACAUCAUGGGAAGCCAACUUCAAUGGAUAAGAGCCUGAGGGAGAGCUGGGAGCCUUCUAUUCUUCUUGAUGGAAGACCUGUGGUCAGCGGCAACAGACCAAUGAGAACUCAUCGCUACGCUCGCAUGGGCAAGGAGAGCCGCUCCCACCUAGUGGAGGAUGUAGAUCCCGAAUGGGUAAACCUUGACGGCUUUGCUGUGCUGAGUGGCGCACCUGUCAGCAACUCAUCAACAGGUCCAGUUAGGUCAACAUAUACUGCAGCCAGGAAUCAGUCCUUUCCAAAGCGUGCGAACAGAGUGAACAGAACAGCUCACCGUCCGGGUGCCUCUAACCCUAGGACAUACUGGAGGAGGGCACCACAGUCUUCUUCUGGACAACAUCCACCUGAGAGAUUUUUGACAAGGACAUCUUUACCGGAGGGGAGACAGCAACAUAAUGCCAAACCUCAGUCUGACCAGAGGAACCGUUAUGCAGCCAAAUUAACAUCUGAGUCCGUUCAUGUGGUGUCACUUCAGGCACAGAAAGCCCUGGGCCGGAGUGCUCCUGCUAACAGAGCGGCAGCCAAAUUAUCCACACCAGAACCUCCUGAGUAUGAAGCUAAGGACAUCAGUGUCAGGGUUAUGUCUCCUAAAUCAGUCCUCGUUUCCUGGAUUGACCCUCUUGUGGAAAUGGGGAAAGUUGAGUCCAGUGAACUCAGAUCCUACACAGUCAGACACAGAGAGAAGGGUGAGUCAGCGCGCUGGGAGUACAGGGACAGCGCCCAGCGGAGACUGAUGAUAGACACCCUGUAUGCUGAUAGCAUGUAUGAGUUCGCCGUCAGAAUCUCUCAGGGGGGAAAUGAGGGCAAGUGGAGCGUGUCUGUCUUUCAGAGGACCCCCGAGUCAGCACCAUCUGGGCCACCGGAGAACUUUGAGGUCAAACCACUACGGGGGAAAGGCACUGCUGUGACAGCCACAUGGGAUCCCCCUGAAGAAACCAAUGGGAGGAUUCGAGAGUACAUCCUUUCUUAUGCUCCUGCACUGAAGCCAUUUGGAAUGAAAACGGUGACAUAUCGUAGUAGCACUACCACAGCUACAAUUGACGGUUUAACACCUGGAGAGCGGUACAUCUUUAAGAUCAAAGCCACCAACAGGAGGGGACAGGGACCACAAAGCAAGGCAUUCACUGUUAUCAUGCCAGCAUCCAGCAGUGCUGUUUCAUCGUUCUCAAGAAACAAGGCCAGCCAGCGGAUGAGCCACAACCCUUCCAAAUAUGAUGACUCCCAUGACAAAUCAGACCUCCAGUCAACAGAGGAACCAGAAGAACCGAUGACGCCCAGUCAGCCUAGCAACUCUGCCCCUGUUAGUAGACGGGGGCGCCCACUGUCCCAGACACGUUCUUAUCACAGCAUCUUUUCCUCUGUAAGAGGUUCAGUCAGGGGUGGACCCAACAGAGCCAGAACCUCAGAUGCAGAUGUUGAAGAUGAAGAUGACAGGAAGAAAACAACAACCCUGUCCCCAGAAAAAGAGAUGACAACUAUGGCGAUGGAGACAAAAGAACCAUAUAAUGAAGUUUCCCCUGAAUCUGAGGACGAAAUUGACAGUGAAGUGUAUGGGUCCUCCACUCCUGAGACCCCCAGCCUCAAAGUUUUUACACUCUCCCCAACUAAACCUGCUUUACUUUAUCCACAGCAAAGGAAACCAAUGAAGCCCAGGCUCCAUCAAAGAGGAGGAGUCCAUACUGGUUCUUCUGCAUCCGCCUCUUCGUCUUCUUCCCUGCCAUUAGCCCCUAAGACAUCAUCUUCACCUUCUACUAUUUCAGAAUCAGAUGACAAUAAAAAAAAUAUACCAUUUACAAAUCAACAUAGCAAAGUGAUUUACAAUAAACCCAGUACAACAGAUAGCAAACCUACCAUUCCCGUUAGAAAAGAGAACACCCCACAACCUCAAACAGAGGGCACAGCUAAGGGAUCAAUUUCAUCUGGGCGAACCAUUGGGUCUGGCCUUGGUACUAGUUAUGGUUAUGGCAGAAGGAACCUGGGCCUUCUAUUUAGGGGAAAUUCAACUAGAAUGAUCAAUGGUUACAGACCAAGCACAACAUUACUGUCACGUUUGCCAAGCAGAAUUCAGCAUCAAGCAAUAUCUCAGUCCACCUUACCAGACCAGUCUCAAAGCCAACAAACAUCAGAUGUAGGGAACAACAACAAAGCAAUAUCAGACCCAUCUACUUCAGAGAAAUCACUAUUCACAUUAACAUCCACAUCAAAUAGUGCAGAUACAAACACCAGAAAUACUUAUCCUUCUGUGUCACAGAGCACCUCACAUCAACCAAAUUCAACUCCAAACAAGGGAUCUCAAAUCUCGUCAUACAACCAAGAAAAGUCACAUAUUUUAAACACAUCGCCAGAACGAUCCCCACUACAGAAAGAAGCGGCGGAAACUAAAGUUGAAGAGCCUACUUCAAGCUACAAAGAAGAUUCCACAGAAGAAACUGAUAAGGAGGACAGCCCACCAGAAAAAGCAACUGAUCCUCGUAUACGAGCUCGUCCUUCACUUGCUGAAAGAUUUAACCUCCCAGGCAGGUUUGGUUCAGGGACGAGACAAGGUGGUAGGAACCCCGGGAGCAGAGUUUCAUCAUCUAUAGGGGCUGGCAGACCGAUUGUGAGGAUACCCACAAAGGAUUCAGAGACCACAGGUUCUGCCAGUGUGUCCUCAGUACAGGAGACUAGUGACAGUCCGACAGCUGCAUCUACUCGUGACUCACUGAAGAAUAAGAUGGUGGUGGAUGCCUUUAAGCACUCAUUGACUAGUGAAAAUGCAGACUAUAGUGACUCAAGAAAUCCCACUCCGUCAUCUCCUUCAUCUUCAUCUGCAAGAUCUUCCAACUCUGAUGCUCACCAUUCUAUAAGUGAGCCCAUUCACAGAGGAACCUCUAACAACAACAAUAAUUAUAAUAAUGGCUACCUUGAUAAGAGUAACAGUGGGAUAAAUAAACAUGUUGCAGAGCCUUCAGUGGACCAAAUUAAUCCUGUCAUAACAUCAGCUGAUCCGCACGGGAACACGGAGGAGAAUGAGAGUGUCGCUACAAGAGAAACUCCUUCAAGAACUAGCUUAUCUUCUGGGGUCCCUCCAUCCUACCGUCGUCCUAAUGUUGGAGGAAACGGAAGGAUACGCUCCCCUCUUUUAGCGACAAGGCAGUUUGUUGGAUCAAGACUUCCCACCCGAUCACAACAAGCAUACAACUCCAGACUGGGUUCCUCGACAUCAGAGUCCUCCUCAUCAUCUACCUCCUCUUCAUCGACUUUAUUCAGACCGUCAAUAACCACAGACCGCAGUGCCAGCAGGGUCCCUACUCUGACAAGCAAUGGCAGACUCAUAGAGUCCAAGGCUAGCUCUCUGUCACCAUCUUCAGCUCGAGACAGCUUUAGAGGACAGGGGGCUAGAAGUCGCUAUCCUAUCCUCAGAGGGAAAACACCCAAUGGAGGAGCUCUUAUACCUGCCAAUGGAAAUGGUAAAAAUGAACAACCAAAUCUAACAGCAAAGACAAAAGAGUCCCCGAGUCAUGGAACCAGCAAGUCAGUCGGUAAAAGGUUGAUUACUGGACCCGAUGGGAACAAAUGGAUGGUUGAUUUGGAAUUGGGAAUUCUUAUGAACCAGGAUGGAAAAGUCUUGCAGGAUUCUCAUGGCAAACCCAAGAGAGUAGUGCUUGGCGAGGAUGGACACACCAUUUUUGACCACUUGGGAAGCCCAUUACUGACACAGGAAGGCAUGGCUUUGUUCGGUCACGGUCGAGACAGUAGCCCUGUGGUCAACCCUAAAGAGAAGAUCCUUAUGGUUGGAGGAAAGCCGUUACUUGGCUUGGACUUGCCUCGCCUCAGGACCACCACUACCACUACCACUCGAGUUCCCACCACUACGCCUGAACCCACCACCGCUAUAUGGACUACGGAAGCAUAUACCACUGAAGAACCCUACCCUACGUGUCCACCCGGAACCUUCUCUAAAACAGAUGACUAUGGGGAUCCAAUGUUUGACUCAGAGGGAAUAUUAAACUGUUACACAGAAGAUGAGUUCAUGACCACCUUGCCACCACCCACCACAACAAUACCGCCAACAACAACAACCACCACCACCACCAGCCCCACCACAGAGGUCCCAACUCCAGAGCCUGACCCCAAACAGUCUGGACGAGGGCCUUCUUCUGAGUUUGAUCUCAGUGGAAAGAAGCGAUUCACAGCUUCUUAUGUCAACUACAUCCAAAAGGACCCAGGAGCUCCUUGCUCUCUGACAGAGGCUCUGGAGUAUCUCCAAGUUGACAUCCUAGAAGAUCUGAUCAAGAAUGACAGUCUCUCCACCAAUCAGAAGCUGCCUCCGAAACACAAACCCCAUAAUCUCACUGUGGUCGCCAUGGAGGGAUGCCAUUCAUUUAUCAUCCUGGACUGGGGACGUCCAUUGAAGGGUGAUAUGGUUUCAGGCUACAUGGUGUACAGUGCUUCAUAUGACGACGUGCUCAACAAUAGAUGGUCUUCUAAGGUCUCCAGUGGGACACAUCUGGCUGUGGAGAAUCUCAAACCCAACUCCAGGUACUACUUUAAAGUCCAGGCCAAGAAUGUGUUUGGGUUGGGUCCAUUCAGCGAUACACUCACCUAUGUCACUGAAUCAGACGAUCCUCUUCUCAUCGAAAGGCCGCCUGGCGGAGAACCAAUAUGGGUACCCUUUUCUUUCCGCUAUAACCCUGCCCACAGCUCCUGUAAGGGCAGCCAGUACGUCAAGCGGACGUGGUACAGGAAGUUUGUGGGUGUAGUUUUGUGCAACUCUCUGCGAUACAAGAUCUUCAUGGGAGACGGUCUUCGAGAGCCCUUCUACAGUAUAGGAGAUACAUUUGGGCAAGGAGAGGACCAUUGCCAGUUUGUGGACUCCUACAGGGACGGCAGGACUGGCCCUGCAUUCCUCUCAAGUUUUCUUCCUUCAGCUCAAGGAUAUCACCGUGCCUACAGACAGCAGCCUGUCACCUUUGGAGUUAUUGGCAGGAGGACAUCCCACCCUUUCGUCGGCUGGUAUGAAUGUGGGGUGCCCAUCCCUGGCAAGUGGUAACACGGGGGAGAUGCUUGGAGGCUGGGGGGACACUACCAGCAGCUAUACCCAUGACAAAAAAAGACUUUUGCCUGCCGCCACUACAAAAAAAAAACCACCACUUUAAUCCCUCUUUAGCUUCACCUAAAAAGAACAUAAUACUUUCAUACAAGCCAGUGUAUCUUCGCAGUUUUAACAUAAAGCAGUCUGUAUAUUAGGGGAAAAGCAUGUGUUUUCUUGCUUUGUAUAAUUAUUGUCACCUAAACAAAAGAUCCACACGUGGUGUUAUUUAUCUCUCAUCAGAGCACAUUCAUAAUAAUAGGCAAUUCACUAGUGUAAAGGUUUGUUAAUUUUCAGUCUGAAAAUUGAUUUAUUGUUUAUUAUUAGCGUCUGACAACUACUUUAUUUGUACUACCAUGUGUAUGUUUUGAAUGUAUGUAGACCACAUAACUGCUCAGGAGGUAAAUAAAGGGGCCUUGUAAACCACAGCAAUGAAAGCCCAUCAUCAUCGGACACCUUUUUUUAAUUUGUUAAAAGUUCUAGUUGAUAUACGUAUGAGAGAUAUGAGUCAUGACAUUUCCUUUAACCAACUGGAGCAGUUAAAAUUCAAAGUAAACAUCGAAAGCAGCAUAUUGUGCGCAGAUGCAGGAAUGGUGAGAAAAAACAACAAUCCAGAACAUUUCUUUAUUUUGUACCCAGAUUUAAAAGAAAUCAAGUUACAGUCAGCUAAAAGAAACAGAAAAGUAUAAAGUAACAAAUUAAAUACUUAGCUUAUGAUGUGUUGCAGCCACCACUAACCUUGUGGAAAAUACCAGUAAAUGAAAGAAAAAGCCUUGUUUUAUACUUGUUGCCAAUUAAAUCAUUACAUCAUGAGAUUAAUGUGUGGCUUGGGGACCUGUUGCCCAUUCCAACUAGCAUAUUUCAGCUGUUAGUUUCGACUCGCCGAGAAAAAGUAGCAGUAGUCAACAUUCAGCAGUCUUGCUGAGCAGAGAAAGCCUGAGGGUCCUGUCAUCACCUUGUUAUGAUACAAUCCAAAUAUCACCAAGAUACAUAAUAUACCUCGCCUAUUAUGAUAUUUAAGCAGACGGCAAAACGUCCAACUUGUAAUUGCAUCUGCAAUGCGUUGGUGAUGUCACACUCCCCUCUGGGCAAUGAUGGAGAGAUGAAUGCUCGUUUCUGCAUUCAUACUGAAGCAAUCUGUCCAAACGUAACAUUGUUCAAGCAUAAGGAAAUUAUGUGAAUAUGAUCAGUUCCAAUGUUAAUCAUAAUUCCCUCAUAAAAUGUACAGGCAAUGUUUUAACUGAGUGUAAAAAUAAUGUUGAGAAGAGUUGGGUUACGAAUGUAUCAUGUUUUUCAAGUAUUCUUCCUCAUCCAAGUGUAAAAAGAAGUUAACCACUCCAAAACGUAAUAACACGCUAUAUUAACUCUGAUUGUUUUAAAUCUAACUCUGUGUCGAAAAAAGAACAUGCUAGUUAAUCUUGAUGCUCGCUGAACUGAAGUCUUGGGCCAACAUUACACGAGAAAGCAAGCGGCAGACGUUUUGUGCAACUCGAACCUCUGCUGAUGUACAAAAGUAGCUAUUUAUAAUAUUAAAUGUGCUGAUGUAGCUAUUUAUAUUAUUUUUAGUGUGUUUUUUUAUUUUUAGCUAUAUCAGUGCUAAAUGAACACACAUCUGCAACAAAUACAAUGGUGAUAUUGUAAAAGUAAGGUUGGGAUUUUAGCGUCCCAACAAG